UAAAUAUUUUCUUUGAUUUUUAAAGAUUUAUUUACUUAUUUAAAAGGCAGAGUGACAGAAGGAGACAGAGAAAGAGAUCUUCCAUCCACUAUUUCACUCCCCAAAUGACUGCAGCAUCCAGGGUGGGGCCAUGCAGAAGCCAGGAGUCCAGAACUCCAUCUGGGUCUCCCACAUGGGUGGCAGGGGCCCAAGUAUUUGGGCCAUUUGGUGCUGCCUUCCCAGGCACAUUUGUAGGAAGCUGGAUCAGAAGCAGAGGAACUGGGAGUCUCUGAACUGGCACUCUGAAAUGUGCUGCUGGAGUUGCAUGUGGCAGUUUAACCUGCUGCACCACAAUGCCAGUCCUUAGACAUUAUGUCUCUGUUAGAACAAUAGUUUGUUAGCUUUUGUAUAAAUUUACAAUUCUCAUAGUAUUGUCCUGAUUAUAUGAGCUCAUUAUCUAAUUCAGGGAUCAAGAAACUUUGUUUUGUUUUUGUAAAGAGCCGUACAGUAUUUUAGACUGCAAACCAAGAGAAGAAAAAUGAGAUUAAUCUGUAGAUCCUUAUAAAAAGAAAGAACAAAUUUCUUAAUGUUUUAUUGAUGAAUUGAAAAUAUAGUAGUUGAUUACAGGUGUUUUGUUACACAGAUCUAAUGGGAAUGGUAUUCCUCUUUGUGGGGAUAAUGUUUCACUUGAAAUUCAAACUUAGUGUUCUCUGUUUUCAAAGUUGCUUAAUGCUUAUAAUGAGAUUUUAUGUAAUUAAAAUGUCUUUGAAUUUUAACACAUUCAAAAAUCUUUUUAUCCUAGAUAAUGCAAAUAAUACCUAGCUAAUGAUAAGUCAGAAGCAUGAGUAAUUGAGCAUGUUCAUCACUUAGAAGGCUUUAAUAGGAUUCUGUUAUGGUCUUUUUAAAAUAUGUAUAUUUAGAAUGUCAUUGCAUUGCAGAAUAGAAGGUUACAUGGAAGCUCUUCAGUUGCACAAUUUGAUGGAUUUUGAAAUAAGGAGGUUUCCUUUGCACUCAAAUUUUUAAAACAAUGGAUCUGUAGUUGGAGCUUGGAAGAAAAAGUAUCUUUUAAAUUUGUAUGGAAGUGGAGAUGACAUGUCUUGUUAAACUUGUGACAGUCUGGGAAGUGUAUAAAGCAACUUGGCUUAGGUUGCUGUUCAAAAUAACUGUAGUUAUCUAAAUGACUUAAGUAACUUUACCACAUAAAUACUAUUUUGUCAUGUAAUUUGGGGUUCAAAUCAUUAAGCAACAUCAUCUACUCUGCAGCCAAAUCUAACUACUGGAGUGGUUCGGUAUUCAAAAUAAUGGUCAUGGACUGUUCAAGAAAAAUUUUGGUCAUGUCCCUGAGUGUCAAAGUCACAAUAAAACUUCACCACUGCUAAGCCAUUGAACUUCUGUGUUAGAGGUCAAGUUGGGAUACUCAGUUUUCUGUUUCUGACAAAAAUUCCUGUAAUGGACAGUUGCUAACUUCAUGAGAGUGAACGAAGCUCACCUUUGGCCCUGUUGGCUCUAUAAAACAAAGUCAAAUGUUUUUCACAGAGCACCUGCUGAUGAAUAAUACAACCAGACAAAAACAGACAGUGAGUUGGAUUUGGUUAGUGUGCCAUGGCUUGUAAACUGGUCUUGGUCUAAUGGAACAAAGUUUCAUUAAUCAGCUGAGAAUGCAGAAUGUGUUACAACUUAACUGUGUUACACACCUGUGGUUAGCAACUGUAUUGCACCACACAGUUAGAUCCAAGUUAUUUUUUCUCUGUGUUGGUUGAGGAAGGCUUCUCAGGAUUGGUGAUUGAGGCCUGUGAAUUGUUUAUAAAUAAAUAUUUGUUGCCUUCAAAGCAAAACAAUUUUAAACAAAUUGUCAGUUAAUGGUACCAUUUUCAAAGAAUUUUUUUUUACAGUUAACAUGGGAGAAAAAAACAGACCUAAAGAACCAGCCAUUGUAAAGUGACUUGACUUUUAAAAGUAAAUUGUAUCUUUUUUAUCUGAGUAAUUUUUUUUUUCAUUUCAAUGCAGUCUCUUUGGGAACUCACACUUAGGCUGCUGCAGUAUUUUCAUUGUUUCAAAAUAUUUUAAAAUUUUUCAUUGUGAAAUAGAAUGUAGCAAAUUCUUUAUUUUUAGUACUGAUAAAACUUCAUCUUGUGGAAACGUUAGUUUAAAAAUAGGACAAAUUAUUUAUAGCUUUAUGAGAGAAAGAUAGGUUGAUAGUGUUUAGUGAGUAUAAGAAUUUUUGAGAUAUGACUAAAAGCUAAUUAGACCGCUGGCGCUGUGGCUCACUAGGGUAAUCCUCCGCCAGCACCUUGGGUUCUAGUCCUGGGUAGAGCACCAGAUUCUGUCCCAGUUGCCCCUCUUCCAGUCCAGCUCUCUGCUGUGGCCCGGGAAGACAGUGGAGGAUGGUCCAAGUGCUUGGGCCCUGCACUUGCAUGGGAGACCAGGAGGAAGCACCUGGCUCCUGGCUUCAGAUCAGCGCAGCGUGCUGGCGGUGGUGGCCAUUUGAGAGUGAACCAAUGGAAGGAAGGAAGACCUUUCUGUGUGUCUAACUCUGCCUGUCCGGAAAAAAAAAGAAAAGAAAAAAAGAAAAAGAAACUAAUUAGACCAGUUUUUGUAAAAGCCUGAAAAUAAGUUUCUACUUGUGAUUUAUGUUUGUUAUCUAAAAAUAUUCCCUAUGUGCCUGAAAUGAGACGAUGGAACUGGAGUUAUUCAUGCUUUCUGAUGUCAGUGGGCCACCUUCAAAACUGUGCUAGUAUAUUCUUUCCAUUAAUUCAUAUAAGGAAAAUUACCAUUUAGAAGGUUUAAAAAUCAACAUUUAUCAAUAAUUUACCACUUUUAUUCAGGUAAAAGGCAUAUAAUAGAAAGUUUCAUACCUCGCAUUUGUGCCCUGGUUAUUGAUGCAAGAGUGAAUAUUUGUAUUCAGCAGGAGAUUCUAAAAAAAAUGAAUGCUAUGCUUGACAAAAUACCUCAGGAUGCCAGAAAAGUAUUCUGUGACCAAGAAAUGUCAAUUCUCAUAUUAUGACUUACAGGUGGGCAUUGUAGAAGCGUUAUGUAGAAUGACCACAGAAAAGCAAAGGCAGGACUUGGCAUGUCAGUGGUUUUCAGUGGAUUUUGUUGUUACUGCAUUUAAAGAAAUUAAAGACUCUGAAUUUGAAACAGAUUGUAGGACAUUUCUCAACCUUGUAAAUGGCAUGCUUGGAGAUAACAGAAGAGUCUUUACAUUUCCUUGUUUGGCAGCAUUUCUUGAUAAAUAUGAGCUGAAGAUACCAUCAGAUGAAAAACUUGAGGAAUUUUGGAUUGAUUUUAAUAUUGGGAGCCAAACUCUAUCUUUCUACGUUGCUGGAGAUGAUGAUGAUCAUCAAUGGGAGGCAGUUACUGUGCCUGAGGAAAAAGUACAAAUAUACAACAUUGAAGUGAGAGAAUCAAAGAAGCUACUGAAUAUAAUUCUGAAAAAUAUAGUAAAAAUUAGUAAAAGAGAAGGAAGAGAAUUGCUUUUGUAUUUUGAUGCAUCAUUAGAAAUCGGUGAUGUAACUCAAAAAAUUUUUGGUGCAAAUAAAAAUAGGGAAUUUACCAGAAAGCAAGGUAUUUCCAUUGCAAAAACAUCAGUGCAUGUACUUUUUGAUGCAAGUGGAUCACAGAUUUUAGUACCAGAAAGUCAACUCUCAUCAGUUGAAGAAGAAUUUGUUUUUUUAAAAGAAAAAUCUAAUGCUCAAAAGGAAUUUGCUAAACCUACAACGUAUAUAAAAAACAAUAAUCAAGAGAACAGAAAACGUAGUCUGCUUGGGAUAAUUACUCCUACCAAAAAAAAAAUGUCUGAAGCAUCAAUGAUUGUUCCUGGUGCAGACAGAUACACUGUGAGGAGUCCAAUACUUUUAAUCAACACAUCACCACAAAGAGGAAGAUCUAAGCCACCACUGCAAAUGAUGAGUUCUGCAGAAAAAUCUGGUAUUUCUAAAACAGCAGAAAAUGAAGUGGAUAAUGCUGUAUCACCCAAAUCCAGACCAUCUGAAGGAAGAAAUAGAGGAGAUAACAAAGACAAACUUAUCAAAACUAUAACUGUAGAAAGGACGGAAAAUAAGGAUAUUGAAUUCCCAGAGCAAAAUUUUAAUGAGCUCCAGGAUGUUGUUCCUGAUUCACAGCCAGUGGGAAAAAGAGAGAAGUCUGUAUUACGUGGUGUUUCAGACAACAUCUAUAGAAAUAAGAUGUUCUCCAAAUUGCCGUGUUGGACACCUGUAACAAAUAUUAAACUCUGUAAUAACCAAAGAGCAAGUAUUUCAUCAGGAAACAAAUUUAAUGAAGGAAUCAUUGAUGAAACAUUUCCUAAACAAAAAUCAUCCUCUUCAAUAUCUGAUAAUUCUGAAGAAACAGAAAAAGUGAAAUGUAAGAAAGGUAUUAUGGAACAUAACAAAACAGAUAAAGUAGAAGUGGAGGUUUGCAAAAGAAACAAUCAACAAAAUCAUCCUAAACAUUCAGAGCAGAAAAGUACUGAAAGUACAAAACAGGGUGACUGGCAUAUUGAAUCUGCAACUACUUUUAAAUCAGUUCUCCUAAAUAAGACAGUUGAAGAAUCUUUGAUUUAUAGGAAGAAAUAUACAUUGUCUAAAGAUGUGAAUACUGCUAUUUGUGAUAAAAGCCCUUCUACUAGAAAAAAUUUGAAAAGUCAAAGAUCGGGGAAAGAAUUGACUUGUGAUCUAGAUUCCUUGGAUUUGAAACAAAAAAUGAGAGGAAAGUCAAAAGGGAAAGGAUUUACCGAUGCAGCAGAAUCCUUAAUAAGCCAAAUUAAUAAGAAAUAUAAACCUAAAGAUGACAUAAGGUCCUCAAGAAAAUUAAAGGAGUCAUUGACUGACAGUGAUUUUCCAAACACAUCCAAUGUACAGCACUGUAAGGAAAAGGUUCAGAAAAAAAGUUACAGAAAACUGAAGACUACUUUUGUUAAUGUUUCUUCUGAAUGCCCAUUGAAUGAUGUUUACAAUUUUAAUUUGAAUGGAGCUGAUGAGCCUAUUAUAAAACUUGGAAUCCAAGAAUUUCAAGCUCGAGAAACAUGUGUGGAUAAUUCAACAAAACUGGUAGGUUUAAGGAAUGAUGAUGAACUUGAACCUUCUCUCAAAACAAGAGAUAAAAGAGUUAUAAUAAAUCAAGAAAAGAAAAAUCUCUUUAGUGAUACUGAGACAGAAUGCAGAUGGGAUGACAGCAAGACUGAUGUUAGCUGGCUAAGAGAACCAAAAUCAAAACCACAGCUAAUAGACUAUAGCAGAAAUAAAAAUGUGAAGAAGAGUCAGAAAUCAAGACCAUCCUUGGAUAAGGGACAGUCACGAUCUAAAAUGGAACACAGUAAAAACAUCACCAAAAAGGUAGAUGUAACAGUUCCAGAUCGGAGAACCAGACUUCCACGAAGAGCAACAAAAACCAAAAAAAAUUAUAAAGACCUCUCAAAUUCAGAAUCAGAGAGUGAACAAGAAUCUUCACAUUCAUGUAAAGAAAAAUUACUAGUAAAGGAGGAGAAUAUCCAUUCCAGACUCAAAACCAGGAAGGUGCCAAAGAAACGACAGAAAGUCUCCUGUGCUGAAACACACAAGGAACUGUCAAAAGGAUGGAACAACUCGUCUUGGCUUAAACCUCCUCUAGGAGACAGUAGCCCUGCCUUACCUCCUGUGUCUUUAUCUGGGAGUCCAUCAUCCAUAGAAGUAAUGAGAUGUAUAGAGAAAGGAACAGAAAGGGAUUUUACUCAGGAUUAUGACUAUGUAACAAACUCUAUAUCACCUUAUCCAAAAACUUCAUCUGAAUCCUUAAACAGUAACAGUGGAGUUGGAGGUCCUGUAAACUCAGCUAAAAACAAUGAAAAAAAUUUAUGUGCAAAUCAAAGCUGCUCACCAGUUCCACAACCACUGUUUUUGGAAAGCCAUGUAUCAUCUCCAACAUCCAUGUCUAAUGAAGAAAGAGAGAAAACAUUGUUUGACAUGCCCAGUGGCACUACUCAUGUAUCAGGCCCCGUUCAACAUCUUAGUCGCAAACGAAUGUACAUAGGAGAUAAUCUAAGUAACUCCAAUGAAGUAGAAAUGGAAGAAGAAAAAAGAGUAAACUUGCUUCCCAAGAAAUUGUGUAAAACUGAAAGUGCAGAUCGUCGCCCCUACAAAAGGUCUGAAAGUGUCUCUCCAUCAUCACUAAGUGACUUUUUUAUUCCUGUGGAGAACUGGGAAGGUGAAUUUUCAGGUAUAGGGAAAAUGAAUUCAGAAUCUAAGAAGAUUCAUAUCCGAAAUAGAGCAGUGGAAUUUUUUGCUAAGCAUUCUUGGAAAAUCAUCCAGCAACAUCUGAAAACAAUCAACCAUCAACUUCAGGAACAUAGGCUUAAAAAAAUUGAUAAAUUCCAAUUCAUCAUCACAGAAGAGCUGAAGAAUUUUGAAAAAGAUUCACAGUCUUUAAAAGAUUUCGAGAAGGAAUAUGUGGUCUUUUGGGAAAAGUUAUUUCAGAAGUACAGAACAUAUAAAAAAAGUGAACAGCAGAGAUUUCAUCUUUUGAAAACUUCAUUGGAUAAAAAUGUCUUUCAUCACACUGAUCAUGAAGAAACUAUUUUCACAUCAGAGAUGGGUUUGAUGAAACAAAACAUGAAAGAGGUACAAGGGAGACUUCUCCAGGAAAUGCAAGAAGAGGAGCUUCUUAAUGUACGCAGAGGACUGAUGUCAUUAUUCAUGGCACGUGAAAAAUAUUAACGUGUGAAAUCUGUUACCAAUGUUUAUCUAUUUCUUGUGUAUAAUUGAGGAAAUGACAGAGUAGUCCUACAAAGAUAACAAUGCGCACCUCACUCAUGUACCUUUGUAGAAACUUCCAAACUUAAAUGCUUGAUACUACUUUUUACAGAGGAUGUCUUGAGAAAUCAAAUAAAAGUUGGCUGAUUUUUAUAGUAAUAUUUGUAUUAAGCAAAUAUAAUGAACUAUACUCAGAGUAUUUAAUAAAUUACAUAAUACAUUAAAAUUAAUAGUUUUGGACUACAUAUAUAAUAAAGGAUUAAAAUUUUGUUUAAUAAUUCAGAGUAUACAAGUAAUAAAAUUUAGCCACCAUUAGAAAAGGAGGAAAUCCCUGACUUGAAAUGUUCACCUGAGUGGUAGGUGGGGCUCUGGGCCCAGUGUGGCAGACAUUUGCUCAUUUGUGGCUCCGGUGUAUUGGGAGCGCUAAAUGGAUGUUACUAUGCUGCCUGUAUAAUUCAAUGUAGAAGUCUUAACUUACAAGCAGACUGUUAAGUUCCUAGUAUUAAUUGAAAUAUUUUGUUAAUUUAUAAAGAUGUGUGUAUACUUGAUUUGCUUCAAAUAUACUAAGGUUGAAAUAAAUGCUUAUGUCAAAUAAUCAUCAUAAAA